GCCACAGCAGUUCAUCUGGUUCCCACAGAAAGCUGGAGCUCCCCCUCCAUAGCAGCAGCUGUACCUCUCUGCUGCAGGCAGCAACCUCCCCAGGCAGCAGCAACCUCCCCAGGCAGCAGCAGCAGGGGGACCAUGUUCAGAGCCAGAGGACGGCCUGCCCUCCAUUCCUCGUCAGUGAAAUCCUUCCUCAUUAAAAAUAAAAGCACUUCCUCCCCUGCAGCUGCUGCUGUUGCUGCGUUCAGAUGAAAUCCCUCCUCAUCCUGGCAACGAGCUGCAUCAGGUCGGAUCGAACAGAUUGUGGUCUCUCUAAUCUGUUGAGCAACACUAAAAGGCGGAUAUGAGCGCGGAAAGAGGAGGCGAUAGGAGCAGGACUGAGCGAGGCGCGGCGCUUUGGCAGGAUAUUCGGACUGGCCUGGGCAGAUUGCUUCUCCACCACUUUUCAUUUUCAGGGAUCGAGAUCACGUCACAGAGAAGAGUCCGAGUUGAUAAGCUGGAAAGGAGUAAUGGUGAAGCUUUGUCGGUGCGGUUUCCCUGCAGGUAUGGAGAGCAUCGAUGGGAGCGCGCACUGACGCGCACAUUCCAGCUGCUGCUUUCUGCUGCCUCUCACUCUCACAUGCAGUCACGGAUCUUUAUCUCUCUCCUCUCUCCCGGGGGGGACAGGAGAACAUCAGCAGCUGGAGGGCAGGAGCUCCUGAGAUGUCCAUCCAUCACGGCACGCUGCUCUUCCUGGGCCUCCUGCUGAUGAUCUCCGGGGCAAUCAUGGUGUUCUGCCUUGGAACGGGCCAUGCAACUAUCCCACUGUUUGUGCUCGGGGUAUUUCUGGGCACGGGGGGAAUAACCCUGGUGGUGGCGGGAGUUUGCAUGGCUAAGAAGAAUUUCCAGGUGGGAGUUCCUGGACACUUUCUGCUGCACCCCCCUACAGGCACACGGUUCAGCCCCCAGCAGGCCCUGGCCAUACAAAGGAGGUUAGAUCGAAUCCGACGGGAGAUUUCAACCGACGCUGUCAGUACGACACCGGAGCCCGAACCCUCCCUGCCAUCCACCCCGCCUCCCUGGACCAUGGAGCCGCCUCCGUCGUAUGACACUGUGAUGAAGAGCCAGGAGCACAGCGAGCAGAGAAACCAGGAGCGCAGAGAGGAGAUGAACCAGGAGCAGCAAGAACAGCCAGACAAUGAACACGAUGAACAGCAACAUCUUGAACAAACUGAAUACAUCCAUCAGGAGCACAGCCAGCAUCUUUAAAUUUUCUCUUGGACAUUGGGAACUCCCUUCAGUGCCUACUGUUCCUCUGAGGACUAAACCUUCAGUGCUACGGAUAAACCCAUAGCUACAAACCUCCUCUGAACCUUGAAACUGACCAAUUAAGAUUCAGUAUUUGCUCAGGAUUUCCAUAUAAAGUUAGAAGGAGACAAGUAUAAAGGUAUUAAGUAUAAAGGCUAUGAGAAAAUUCCAGGUUCAGUUAAAGUAUCUUUCCUUCCUUUUAAGCUCUGUUCAAAUACAGGAAGUACAUAAUUACAAUUUCAUAUAUCUGCCUCAUGCAUACUGCUUACACACAUAUAUUGCUUUGAUUCACUAUAGCAGCAACUCAUAUAGUCUCAUGUUUUCUGAUUCGACCUGUUUAACAGUUAAUCAGUCUUAUAUUUUUUUUAUUAAUUCCCCUUCCUGCUUCUUUGAGGCCUUGGACCCAGCAACCCCUAAAAAACGAUCACAGCCUGGUAAAAUUAAAGGAUUGGCUUUUAUUAAAGUCGAGGACAGGCUGCCACAUCCUACAUGAGGUUCAUACUCAUCACAAAGGCCUGAAGAGUCUGGAUCUUGAGUUGGGAGAUUGUGCAACCUCCAAUUUAAUAUAAAACAUUCUAGAUUUGGUAUUUUGGAAUAUGAAACUUUUAAGAAAUAAGCAGGUUGCAUAAAACUGUUGGUUUAAAAUUAUUUUAGGUUCAAUCGUAUGGUCUUGAGCACAAAGACAGAAAUGAAUGCAUCGCAAACUUAAAAGGCCGUUUUUGGAACUUUAUGGACAGGAUGGAAACAUACUUUGUAGUUGAUCAGACAUGGCUCAAGUUUCUUAUAUGAUAAUAAAAAAAAGGAUUUUUAUAAUG